AUGGACAGCUUGCUCUCUGCUACAGCAAGCAUGUCCCGCGGCGCCACCGCGGAGAAAAUGUCUGGAGCCAUGUGGGACGACGAUGAACUGACAUCUUCUACUUCAAACCGUUCACCCUCACCAACUUCGUCGCACACACUCUCGCCCGCUUCGUCGCGCACACUUUCACCUGCUUCUUCGCGAAAGCUCACACUUACUCUGUCCGACAAGAUUUCGCCACCUCCAGCGGGCACCCGCAAGUUGACGUGGUCCGUCGAAAUGGAGCGAGACCUCCUGCUGGCUGCUGCUUUCGGUAACAUUGAAGAUAUGGAAGAUUGUUACACAGGCCUGAUGGAAGGCUUGGCGAAAAAUUACGGCGUGACCGUGACCGAAAAGCAACUGCACGCUCGCUUCGAACUGCUGCGCAUGACUCGGUUCGCCACAAUGAGCAGGCUCAACCUCCCACUGCCUGCAGGUCCCCGUCCCAAGUUCAGCAAGGCCGAGUUUGACCGAGCUGAAUUCGAGUCGACUGCCGCACCAGAGGCUCAACAAGAUGACGAUGAUGAGGAGUCCGACUUCAAGCAGUCCGAUUCUGAGAUGGAGGACGAAGAAAGUCGCGAUCAGGCCUCGUCAGAACAAGAUGAGCAGUCUGAUCUUGAAAUCGAGGACGAAGACGGUCUCGAGCAGAUGUCGUCAGACGAGGAUGAAUGGCCUGAUACCGAGAUUCAGGUCGAAGUGGGCGGUCAGCUUUAUCCAGCGCGUAGGCCGCACGGUCUCGACCCAGUGGAAUUCUUGAAAGCAGCCCUAGAGUUCCAGCCCCGAGAAAUUCUCGAUCAGGCCUCGUCAGACGAAGAUGAGCAGUCUGAUUCUGGAAUAGAGGACGAAGACAGUCCCGAGCAGAUCGAUAUGGAGAUUGUGGCCGAACUGGGCGGCCGUCUUUAUCGAGCGCGUAAGCCGCACGGUCUCGGCCCAGUGGAGUUUUUGAAAGCAGCCCUAGAGUUCCAGGCUCGAGUGGAUAGGUGGGAGGGUAUUUGA